AACAGCUCCAUAUCAUCCUUAGCAUCGACAGUAUCGACGAGACAAAAUCAUCCAAGCGCGGCCGUUCCCAUCGACGUAUCGACACACUCCUCACGCAUCCUCAAUAUCGACACACUGCUUACGCAUCCUCAAUCCCGGAGCUGCCAUGCUGAAGACAUCACGCAUCUUCCAGCUCUUUCGCCAAGUGCCGACCACCCAAGAAGCUCUGCUCAGAGCCUCACGACGGACAGAACUCACAGGCCUGCGACUACCGUCGAAAACGAUACCGCAACGGCGAGGUCUCACCACAACCACCAUCCGAUCCGCAAGACCAGCUCUUUCAUCAACAUGGCGAGCUUCACUAUUCCGCCGCGCGCGACAGACACGAUACAACAGCACGAAUCCCACCGGUCCGAAGAUCGAUGAGACGAAAUUGUCCAUGUCGGAACGCAUGAGGGCGAUGUCGAAGAAAUAUGGCUGGACGGUGGUGGGGAUAUACCUGGGACUGUCGGCGAUUGAUUUUCCAUUCUGUUACUUGGCUGUACGAUGGUUUGGCACUGAGCGGAUAGCAAAGGUCGAACACGCGAUCAUGGAUUACUUCUGGACGACACUGGAAAAGGUUGCGCCGGGAUUGAUGGCGCGGAGGGAGACCAAAGAGGCGCUGGAUGCUGCUGAGGAGGCUACAAGGGAUGCGGAUGCUGCUGUUGCGGAGAAGGCGAAGCAUGAGAAUGCUAGUAUCUGGACCCAAUUGCUCUUCGCCUACGGAGUUCACAAGUCCCUCAUCUUCAUCCGAGUGCCGCUCACGGUUGCCAUCACGCCGAAAGUCGUCAAGACAUUGCGGAAAUGGGGUUAUCAGAUUGGAAAGCCGAAGCCGAAAUAGAUGGAAGUACAGGACUUGUAUGAGCGACAGUGGAUAGUCGUGACGAACGUGUAUCUCAACUCUUGUACAAACAACGGAUAGAGACAGCGCGGCACUCCAGAUGC